AUGCUGACGCGCCUUCGUAGUGCUGUUCUGCGCGGUGCCGCUGGUGCGCGUGCCGCCUCCGCUGGCGGUGCCGUCGCCGACCAUAAGGGCCGCGUCGGGUACGUGUCACAGGUCAUUGGCGCCGUCGUCGACGUCCACUUUGCUGAGGGUGUGCCGCCGGUGCUGACCGCCCUCGACGUGGUGGACAACCUCGGCCGCGAUGAGGCGCUCACGCUGGAGAUUGUGCAGCACUUGGACGCCCACACUGGCCGAUGCAUUGCGAUGCAGACGACAGACCUGCUGAAGCUCAAAUCAAAGGUAGUAUCGACGGGCGGCAACAUCUCCGUGCCGGUCGGUCGCGAGACGCUUGGCCGCAUCUUCAACGUGCUGGGUGACGCCAUUGAUCAGCGUGGUCCUGUUGGGGAGAAGCUGCGCAUGCCCAUUCACGCUGUCGCGCCUAAGCUAGCCGACCAGGCAGCCGAGGACACGAUUCUCACCACCGGCAUCAAGGUGAUUGACCUCAUUCUGCCCUACUGCAAGGGUGGUAAGAUCGGUCUCUUCGGUGGCGCCGGUGUGGGCAAGACCGUCAUCAUCAUGGAGCUCAUUAACAACGUGGCCAAGGGGCACGGUGGCUUCUCCGUCUUCGCUGGCGUCGGCGAGCGCACCCGCGAGGGUACGGACCUGUACCUGGAGAUGAUGCAGUCCAAGGUCAUUGACCUGAAGGGCGACUCCAAGUGCGUGCUGGUGUACGGGCAGAUGAAUGAGCCCCCGGGCGCGCGUGCGCGUGUUGCGCAGUCGGCCCUGACGAUGGCAGAGUACUUCCGUGAUGUGGAGGGGCAGGACGUGCUGCUGUUUAUCGACAACAUUUUCCGCUUCACUCAGGCCAACUCGGAGGUGUCUGCCCUUCUCGGCCGCAUUCCCGCCGCCGUCGGCUACCAGCCCACACUCGCAGAGGAUCUCGGUCAGCUGCAGGAGCGCAUCACGUCCACAACGAAGGGUUCCAUCACGUCCGUGCAGGCUGUGUACGUGCCGGCUGACGAUAUCACCGACCCCGCGCCGGCCACAACCUUCUCGCACUUGGACGCAACGACGGUGCUCGACCGUGCGGUGGCGGAGUCCGGCAUUUACCCCGCCGUGAACCCGCUGGAGUGCGCGUCGCGUAUCAUGGACCCCGAUGUGAUCAGCGUUGACCACUACAACGUGGCGCAGGAUGUGGUGCAGAUGUUGACCAAGUACAAGGAGCUGCAGGAUAUUAUUGCCGUGCUUGGUAUCGACGAGCUGAGCGAGGAGGACAAACUGAUCGUGGACCGCGCCCGCAAGGUGACGAAGUUCCUCUCCCAGCCCUUCCAGGUCGCGGAGGUCUUCACAGGCAUGACAGGCCAUUACGUGCAGCUGGAGGACACCAUCGAGUCCUUCUCCGGCCUGCUGAUGGGCAACUACGACCAGGUGCCAGAGAUGGCCUUCUACAUGGUGGGUGGCAUCAACUCCGUGCUGGAGAAGGCGAAGAAGAUGGCGGAGGAGGCGGCAGAGCUCGAGAAGAUGCGCCGUGCCCGCGCCGCGCAGGCCAACUAG